AUUCUGAGAAUAAAGUGAGAAUCUUGCCAGCCGUGUGCAGCUGCAGCAUCAGAGCUUCUUGGACAACAUUUGAGCCACUGACGCCCUUAUGGUGCACACACCCCAGCACCCCCUGGGAGCGUGCGUGACAUGCUCUGGCAGCCAGCCUGUGUACGGAAAGCACAGUCACGGUUACUAUGGGAACAUGUAAACCAUGCACAGGAGAAUUGGGAAGUCGGGUUAUUGUUAGAUGGAUCCUCAAGCCAUGGAGCGAAGUUAAGAGACGUAACAAUGUGUUUGGAUGUUGGAUUUAUUCAUACUGCCUGAAAUGUUGAUGAGCAAGAAGAUGCUGCAUACGGCAAGGCCCUCUGCAAGUCCUGCUAGAAUGCAGACCAAGAUGAGCGCCUGGACACCUCUGAACCACUCUCUGUCCAACAGCAAGGUUUUUGAGGAGAGGCGAAGCCUUCUAGCAAAGUGGUUUGCCAGGUGGUCUGACAGGCAGAGGAGGUUGGUACUGCGUGACUUCGUCGAGGGCUGCUCCAAAGAGCAGCUCCGCUUUGUCGAGCGCUGCGUGAGUCGAGAGCUCCCCCUGCUGGCCGCUGACUUCACGUGCAUGCUGCCGAGAGCCAUCUGCCUCUACGUCUUCUCCUUCUUGGACCCACGUAGCCUCUGUCGCUGUGCGCGGGUGAGCUGGCACUGGAAAAGCAUCGUGGAACUGGACCAGCUGUGGAUGCCCAAGUGUCUGAGACUCGGCUGGUUCAUCAGCUUCUCCCCUACGGUGUUUGAGCAGGGUGUGUGGAAGAGGCACUACAUCAACAGUGUGCAAGAGAUUCUGCUCACUGCGCCGACCAACAAGCUGCAGGCCGCCUGGGCACUUGAAGAUGCAGCUAGAGUCAGCGGGAGGCCCGACGACGUGUCACAAGGGGUUUCCCUGAGUGAGGGGCUUCAGGGAUCCACCAACCAGGACGUCGGAAUGACGUCCAGGAGCAGAUUAAAAAAGGACAAGCCUGAAACCGUGCUUCCACCUUGGAGAGACUCGGACAGAUGUCCCAAAGACAUCGUCCGCUUCAACUACCUGGACAACUCGGACCCUGUCGGACAAACUAGCGCAGCGAAGACAAAAAGCAGAGCAAACACACGUGGCCUUAAAACGGAGGAGCCAGACGACGGGAGACGGAAAAUGCUGUCGGAGACCUCUUACAAACUGCGGAAAGUCAAAUCACUGAUGUUCCUCACUUCAAGCAGCAGACCCCAGCCUCCUUUUCCUCCCCCUCCUCCUCCUCUUCAGACCGAGUCUCGGCCCCAGUGGGCAUCUCACACUCACAACUACCCCGUCACCGAGGAGGCAGGAGAGAUCCUGCUGCGCCAGGCCCGGUGCAACGCCGGAAAGCGUCCGGGUCCAGUGAGGACGACGGUACCCAGGCUGAGCGUGGAAGCGCUCAGGGCUUCCCAGCGCUCCAACAGGAGUCUUCCCAGUGCACCGCUGUUUGAGUUCCAGCCCUGGACUCUCCCUCUGUCGCUCACGCACUUCGUGGACUGACACGCCUGGCGACCUGCAGGGAGACUAAUGGAAAGCACCGUUAAACGUAGAGGCAUAAGGAUUGCUGCCAG